AAACUAUUCAAAAGCAAAUUUAAUUAAAGUUCUUAAUAAUGGAAAUACUAAAUGAAGAAAAACUAUACCACGGUGAAAAUAAAUAUUUGUCGGAUUAUCAUAAACAGAGAUCUAUCAAAAAGUUGCCUAUAAAUUUAUUUCGAAAAUCGUUAAGAGAAAAACGCAACAGAAAUCAAACAAAACUUACCAGAAAAAAGAAAAGCCAUAAAAUUGAUAUCACACAAAAUAAAAUAAAUAUGUUGAUCCAAACCACAGAAGAUGAGUUGCGCUCAAUUAUACAAGAAGAAGGAGACUUAUUAACUGAUGUAACUGUUGAUGACACACCAAUUGAGCUGUUGGGAAAGAUUGCGGCGGAAGAAAAUCAGGCCACCACUAUUUAUGUAAAACGCGAUGGACUAACAACUUUAACUGUGCUGGUGGCAUGCACAAACUGGAAACGUGUACUCAUGCUGCUCACUGGUGCUUGGCAAAAUGGUACUGAUCCACUACAAAUACCAGGUUCAUUAGCACAUUCGGUUGGUAUGUUUCAAAAGCUUAACUCUCUACCUGAGACAGAACGUGCUAAAGUGCUCUCUGAUUAUACGCGUUUCAUAUUGGUGCGACAUCCAUUCGAACGUCUACUCUCCGCUUAUCGCAAUAAAUUAGAAGGUGAAUCGGCGAGCGCGCGAUACUUUCAGUCACGCGUUGGACGUCAAAUUGUUAAAGCCUUCCGGAUUGGCGCAUCAAAUGAGUCAAUCGAGCAUGGCAACGAUGUCAGUUUUGGUGAAUUCGUACAAUAUCUGUUGACUCCAGAAUUGAGUCUCAGUAAUCAAUCGUCAUAUAAUGAACAUUGGGAACCGAUCGCAAAGCUAUGUAAUCCCUGUGUUAUGAAAUAUAAUGUUAUAGGUAAGUGUAAAUCACCAAUAAUAAUUUAUCAAUAA